AUGAAAGAAAUGCGGAUGGCCUCAGUGGUGCUCCACGAACGGAUCCUGCAAGCGUCCGCCAUCAGACAGACUCGGUCGACCCUGCUCACGAAAAUCCCCGCCGAGAUCAGAACCGAGAUAUUCACUCUUGUGCUGCAAUCGUAUCCUGACCAAUCUCCCGAGCGGGAAUAUCAUCGCUGCGAAGCCUAUGCCCGCCCAGGCUACUCGGCGCCUCUUGUAACCUGCACGGCUGUGUUGCGGACCUGCCGCGCCGUCUACCAGGAGUACUGGCAAUUCCCCUUCUUCCUUCGCGAGCAGGUCUACUGGGCUGCCCUCCAAGAGUGGUGUUGCCCCCCGGAAUACAAUCUGGCUACGGAAUUGAAGAAGCUGCGGUCCUCGUUCCCGAUGCUGUGGCUGAGGCAGGAGUUCAGAGAUCUUCGGAUUUUCGCUCAAGUGUAUUCAUUGGAGAAGGUUGGAAUCAUAAACAAGAUCCUGAACGUUGGAAUUCGCCCUCACAUCAUCACCAUCACGAUUCGGCAUACGGAUUGGUUCAACUGGGAGAAUGGACCUCUGAAACUCGAGGGAAACUGGACGCGAGGAGUCUCCAAGGUACUACCAACGAGCGUGCGUCAACUCAUUAUCGAGCUCGAAACUGUUCGUCGCAUGAAAGGGCAGGUGGAUGAGCUAGCUUCGCAGAUGAUGGAGAAAUGGCUCUUCAAGAGGGAGGACGGGGUGACUUUGUCCUCGCAGUCAGUUGCGUAUUCCACAUGGAGUGGAAAGAGCAUGAGAAGCGAUGACAGAUGGGCCAGAUAUGGGACUGCCGAGUCCCGCAUAGAGUACUAUAUCGCGAGGGUGCAUUUUCGAUGGGACGAGAAUGACCCUCGGACGUAUACUCACAGGAGCAACCAACAGCUGAGGCUUUAUAACCCCGAAUGGCGUCCGCUUCCGGUCAUUCAAGAGCCAAUGAACCCCCCACCAGUGUUUGAAGAAACCCUACCACCCCAAAACCAACAACUGGCUGUCCCGAGAUUCAUGAGGGACACCAUCUCAUCUACUCUCAAGAAGCGAAGUCCCUGA